GCCCUGGUUUUACUCAAAGAGGAUGGAUUAAUUCAAGACUAUAAGGCGAGACGCGUGUCCGUGGACUUAAAGAUUGUAACAUCGGCCAGCCUCCGUGGAUUUGUAACCUUACAUUCGGACGGCGGACUAAGGGAAUACCUCCUCGGUCUGAGCGGAGUUCAACAUCUGGAGUUCAGGCGCUUCCCGACCAGGGGACCCGGAUCACCUUCUCCAUGCAACUUUUUUGGAAAGACACUAAAAGCACCUUACCGCACCACGUUAAGAAGAUCACCGACGGUGACGCCCCGCUGUCCCGGACCGACCCACCUCGAGUCUCCCAGGGGGUAAUGUUCGGAGGGUUCUCCGGAGACAUCGACAGCGGUUCCCGUGAGAGUUCGUCCCCGUCCAUCGAGUCCCAGUACAUCUCCUCCCUGGACUCCUUCGGCAGCCCGCCGACCACCAGUGCUCCGCAGGAGUGUGUGCCGGCUGUAGGAGGGCUCAUCAGCGUCGUGGGAGCAGGAGCAGCAGGUGGAGGAGGAGCAGGAGCAGCGGGUGGAGGAGGAGGAGGAGCAGCAGGAGGAGGAGGAGGCUUGGAGAUGCCCGGCUCGUUCGUCCCCACCGUCACCGCCAUCACCAGCAGCCAGGACCUGCAGUGGAUGGUGCAGCCCACCCUGAUCUCCUCCCAGGCCCCUGGCCAGGGCCUCGGGGUGGGCCCCAUGACCCACCACGGGCCCCUGGUCGACCCCUACGACAUGCCGGGGCCCAGCUACUCCACGGGCUCCUCUUACCCCUCCUCCUCUACCGCCGACCCCCAGGGCCCCGCCCCCGGCCAGGGCCCCGCCCCCGGCGCCAUACGCUCCUCCAGGGCCCGUGCGCGCCGGGUGAGGGAGGAGUCAGUGAGUGACGACGGCGACGCUGGUGUGUUACUCACCCCCGAGGAGGAGGAGAAGAGACGCGUCCGCCGCGAGCGCAACAAGAUGGCCGCCGCCAAAUGCCGCAACCGCCGGCGGGAGCUCACGGACCGGCUGCAGUCGGAGACCGACGUCCUGGAGGAGGAGAAGUCCGAGCUGGAGGCGGAGAUCUCGGAGCUGCAGAAGGAGAAGGAGCGGCUGGAGUUCGUCCUGGUGGCCCACCAGCCCGGCUGUAAGAUCCCGUACCAGGAGCAGAGCCAGCCGCAGCCCUCGGGGCAGAUCCCCCCGCUGCAGGACGUCUCCAUCCUGGGCCUGACUGUGAAGGAGGACGAUUUCUUCCUGCCUCCCGCCUACACCCCCCACCCGAGUUCCUCGCUGGGCCUCCCGCCGCCGCCGCAGCAGCAGCAGCUGCCACCGCCAGGGCUAAUGCAGGAGGUAGCCUUUUCUACUUCUUUCUAUGGCUCGAGCCAGCCGGCGGCGGGGGGGGCCUGCCACGCGGCCCUCCACAGUGGUGGUGGUGGUGGUGGUACCCAUGACGGCGGCUUCAACCCCUCAUACACAUCCUCAUUUGUCUUCACCUACCCGGAGGGAGCCUGCGGGGUCAGUGCCAACCAACGCCACAGCAGUAGCGAGCAGUCCUCCGACUCUCUGAACUCGCCCUCCCUGCUCGCGCUCUGACCGGUCGCCAGACCCUAUACGCACACGUCGACGCGCACACACCGCACACACACACACACACCGCCCAGCGACACCAGGCGCCCGGGGCGAUCGCCCGCGCUGCCCUGAGCCCCGAGGGGACGGGUUUUACGUAACCCGAUAGCGAGCCUUUCUCGGAUAUUUGCACAUUGAAAAAACGAAUUAUUAACCGAUAAUUUACCAUUCAGUUCCUUCUCACUGAGGAUUCUGAUGGUGUCAUAUGAGCCAAAGCUGUCCCUGUGCACAGCAGCAUCGAAUCGCUCCCAAUGAGGGUGCAAGGGAUUCAAUUAUUACUUUCAUUCACAAUAAUUCCUUUGAA